GCAAUUUAGCAUCCCACCAACGACAACUUGGCUGUUUCCCCCAUUUGCUUCCUUGGCCUUUUUGGCCCCUUGCCUUGCCACACUGCGCGCCGCCCCCACCUGAUCGCCGGAGCCGUCGCCUUCCUUCCUCGUUCCUCCUCCUCCCUGCCGCCUCAGCCCUCCCUCAUCAGAGAGACCCCGUCAAACUCGCGCGGGCCCUUCCUCUCUCGUGUUCCGCUCUCCGCUCUCCGCUUCCCCUCUUCCCCUUUCCUCCGGCUCGAGCCUCAAGGGAGAUUUACGAACGAGACGGGCGUCAGGCAUGCCGGGAGGGGAGGACGUCCGCAAGGUCUCGCGCCAGGACAUACAGCUUGUUCAGAAUCUCAUUGAACGUUGCCUUCAGCUAUAUAUGAACCAGAAAGAAGUGGUGGACACCCUAUCUUUCCAGGCAAAAAUAGAACCUAGUUUCACUGAGCUUGUCUGGCAGAAACUCGAAGAAGAGAAUCGUGAUUUUUUUAAGGCAUACUAUGUGAGGCUGAUGCUUAUGAAUCAAAUAAUGGCCUUCAAUAAGCUCCUUGAGCAGCAGUAUCAGAUUAUGACUAAAGAUCAUCCUUCUGGGAUGCCUUCUAUGCCUCCUGCUGCUCCUAAUGGCUCAAACUCUAACACAUUGAACCAAAACGUGCCCUUUCUGCCAGACACUAUCCCCAGUACUGCAAUGCAAGAUAACUUGUUGCAUAAUGGAGGUUCUAGUAGUAUAGUAAAUGGUGCUCCAUCCAAUGACCAGUUUAUCUAUGCUGGUAAAGUUGUUCAUGGCCUUCCUGGUGGCAUGGAUGCUUCAUCAAGCCUUCUAGCAGCACACAAUUCGACUGUUGGGCAGUUUAAUGGACACAAUGGAGCAACAAUAAAGACAGAGUCUGGCUACUCAAGCAACUCAGAUUUUGGAUUCGGUAAUGAGAACGUGUUCCUAGAGCAGUCGGUUGGAGAUGUAUCAGGUGGAUCCUUUAGCAGCUCUGAGUUGAAUGGACAACCACUAGGCGAUCCAAUUUUGGACAUGGAUUCAUCUUCGUAUGGUUUCUUGAGCCAGAUUCCUCGUAAUUUCAGCUUUUCGGAUUUGACAGAGGAUUUCAGCCACAGCGCAGAAAUAUUAGAGAACUAUGGUCGAUCCCCUUUCAUCCCUUCCGAGGCAAAUAACUUCCCAGAGUCUACCACUGGAGAACAUACAGAAAUAGGAAAUAGGCGGUUAGAUACAAUAUCUGAGGGUGUUCAUUUUGAAGAUUUUGGAAGUGAAUAAUAAACCUUUUAUAUCACUGCACAUGGUUGAGCAGUGGUCCAUCUGUACAUACUAUUUUGGGCAGUAAAAUAUCUACAAUUGUGAUCGUGGAACUAGCUGAUUUGGUGGCAACUGUUUCUUCUUCUGUGUUAGGUUUUGUGCUCUUAGAGUAAGAAGCAUGGAUGGCUUCUUUGAAGGCUUAUCGGACCAAAUAAUCCGUAUUGAAGGAUGCCUUAAAAAAUCCAUCUUCUUUGUAUCUUCUCUGAGGGUAAUGUGGUAGCAAAUGUAUUUGUUCAGUCGAGUUAUGAUUAGCUAUGUUGGAAGCUUUACAGAUAACGUCAAAGUUCUUUUUGCCCGUGUUGCACAAGGUUAUAUCUGCAGUGUUACUUGUUUGUCGCAUUUCCUGGUUCCAUUUUGGUUGCAUUUCCUGCUUCAGAUCAUAUAUAUUUGCAUGAUCUACUAUCACAGUAAUAACUAUUGUAUGAUCUACUGUCAGGUUAAUUAACUAUUGUUUAGUGGAAUUCAGAAGUGCAUCUUGCAUCACCUUAGGUCAUGUUCGCUGUCAUCCAUUCAGCAGUGUUUUUUUCUCUCACAACAAACAGUACUUACUUUUAGCCAUGGCUUUUCUGCCGAGCGAGUCCAAAUUCCAGUAGAAUCUGCUUGCAAGAUUAUCACUCAUCCAAGCAUCAUGUGAGAGAGAUUGUGUUAGCCCAUACUCCAUAGUCAACGACACUCAUCUGAAGUUGCAUGUGUACAAAAAACUGGUAAUUGGCAAAGAAUUACAUCCAGUUUACAGCAGGGUUGGAAACACUAAGAAUUCACCCCUCAAAAAAAAAAA